UUAAAGUUUUGAGGCUUACUAGAGAAACCUACUAGAGAAACCUCUUACAAUAGAAAGAAAGAUGUACAGAAAGAGUAAUCAGGAGAUGUACAGGCCGGAAUAUCGUGACGUCUAUGGUGAAGUUCUUCCGAGUCACAGAACUCGUGAAACCACCAUAGUAAAAAGGAAACAGGCGUUAGGCUCACCACCGCUGCCACUUUUAGGGCGGCAUAACAUCAUGGCGAGAAAUCGUUUGGCCGGCAUCAAAAAAGCACAAAGGCUCAAACAACAGGAGCUUCAAGAAAUGUACAAUGAAUGCCCGGUUCAAGAUCGUGCAUUCAAUCAAACUAGGGCUUUUCAAGAAGAAUCGCGACAAAAAUGGAUCGCAGACACAAAAGAGGAAUACCGUAACGUGUACGGGGAAGUUCUCCCUCAUCGGGGGACUCCUGAAACGUAUAUGGCUCGAAUGAAAAUUCCAGAAAAGCUCAAACAGGAAAAAACUCCAGAAAUGUACAAUGAACGCAGGUUUCAAAGCAAAAAAGAAAAGCCUGCCACACUGGAGCUUUCAAAAGGAAGACAACAAGUGCUAAAGGCGGAAACAAGAAAAAAUAGAAUCGCAGACACGGCACAGGAAUAUCGUGAUGUGUAUGGGAAAGUUCUCCCGCAUCAUUGCACUCAUGAAGCUUCCAUCCCAAAAAAGAAACAGGCGUUAGGCCCACCACUUUUGGAGCGGCAUGCCAUCAGGGAAAGAAACUGUUUGCCCUGCAAAGAAAAAGUAGAAAGGCUCAAACAGGAGGAACUUCAAGAAAUGCACAAUGCACGUCAAAAAUCAAAGCCUGAAACCCUGUACCUCUUAAAUCGAAGGCAACAGACAGAUUGUGCACACAAUCCAAGUAGUAUUUUUCAAGAAUGUUCAAGAAAAAAUUCUACCUUUGGCAAGCCACAGGAACAUUGUGACCUGUACAGGGCAGUUCCCCCACGCAUUGGUAUUUCUCAAAAGUCUGUGACCAGUGUGAAAAAUGCAGAAAAGGUCAAACUGGAAAAAACUAAAGAAAUGCACAAUGAAUGCCAGUUUCAAAGCAAAAAGGAAAAACCUGCCACACUGGAGCUUUCGAAAGGAAGACAAGUGCCAAAGACAGAAACAAGAAAAAAUAGGAUCGCAGACACGGCACAGGAAUAUCGUGACGUGAAAGUUCCCCCACAUCAUAGCACCUGUGAAGCUUCCGUCACAAAAAGGAAACAGGCGCUGGGCUCACCACCGCUCCCACUUUUGGAGCGGCACGAAAUCAUUGCAAGAAAGCAUUUGGCCGUUGUCGAAAGAGCAGAAAAGCUCAGACUGGAAAAUGUUAAAAAAAGGUACAAUGACCUGACUGACAGGAAACUAACAGGACCUGUACAACCGCUUUUGCCCAGACGAAAGACAGGAGGAAAUGAUCAUUUCCAAUCAAAAGACAGCCAGAAAGAGCCUUUUCUGAGUUGUAGAGGUACAGGACAAGUACUGGCGCAACGUUCUAAAAAAACAACGUAUCUGCCUUCUGUCAACCAAAAAAUACCUAAACACCAGAAGUCAUAGAAUAACCCUAACAAGUUAGGGUUAUGGAUUAGAGUUAUAACUGUAGGCAUUAGGGUUAGAGUUAUAACUGUAAGCAUUAGGGUUAGAGCUAUAACUGUAGGUAUUAGGGUUAGGGUUUAGAAUCAUAACUGUAGGUUUCAAAGUUUAUUUGUAAAAAAGCGCUUCUCAUACUCAGCGCUUUACAUUAAAAACAAAAACACAUACAAUAACAGCAAAAAAAAAAAAAAA